AUGCCGAUGAAACGUGGACAUGUAUCAGCACCGCAAAAUACAUUUAUUGACACAAUCAUUAAAAAAUUUGAUAGUCAGAGCCGUCGCUUCUUAAUUGCGAAUGCUCGAUUAAUAAGCAAACCAACAAUAUAUUGUAAUGAUGCAUUUUAUGAAUUAACGGGUUUUAAUAGAGCAGACGUACUACAAAAACCGUGUACAUGUGAAUUUUUAUACGGACCAGAAACAUGUGACAAGAGUAUUAAACAAAUCUGUCACGCACUUCAAGGAUCGGUUGAAAAAGAAGUCGAUAUUAUUCUAUACAAAAAAACUGGUGUCAAAUUUUGGUCAAAUGUUUUAAUUGCACCAGUUAAGAAUGAGUCAUGUGAUAUUAUAUUAUUUAUAUUAGAGUUUAUGGAAAGUGAAAACAAAAUAAUAUCAAGAGAAAUUCCUCGAAUUUGCAAUUAUACUAUCACUGAGACCAAUGGUAUUAGAAAACGACCAUGGCUACGUAUGAUUAAUCCAAUUCGAUAUCUGUUUUCAAGAAACCUGGCAAAAUCAGCGACACGAGAUGGAACCAGUGGAGAGGAUGUUGUAUUUGAAAGUGUCUUCGAUGACGAAAGAUCAAAUGAAAAUCAACUAGAAACUGUUAUCAAGAAGAAUACAAUGUCGAACAAAGCAAAAUCAUUUAUACCUAAUAUUUCACGUCGUAUCGCUCAGAUUCUUUCACUGAACGAAGAUCCUCUACCUGACUUUCGUCUAUCUGAUACUCAUCGUAUACCUCGUACAAUUUUACUCCAUUAUUCUCCGUUCAAAGCCGGUUGGGACUGGUUAAUAUUAUUAUUAGUCAUCUAUACCGCAAUAGUCACACCUUACACAGCUGCAUUUUUAAUGCAUGAAGACAGUAAUACUAUCAGUGAAAAUAAAAUAAAAUUGAGACAGAGCCGUGCAUUAGCUGUUAUUGAAUUAAUUGUUGAUGUUAUGUUUAUUAUUGAUUUAAUCGUUAAUUUACGAACAACAUAUGUUAAACAUAAUGAAGAACUUGUAACGCGAGGAACAAAAAUCGCUAAACACUAUUUAAAACGAUGGUUUCUAAUCGAUGUGACAGCGGCAAUACCGUUCGAUAUAUUAUUUUCAUUUAUACAAGCUAAAGGUGGAGGAGAAAGUACCGCACUAAUGGGCUUGUUAAAAACAGCUCGUCUAUUACGUUUGGUUCGUAUAGCUCGAAAACUCGACCGUUAUUCUGAGUAUGGUGUUGGUGUUCUAAUUUUAUUAACAGCAACAUUUGCUUUAAUUGCCCAUUGGCUUGCGUGCAUCUGGUAUGCUAUCGGGAGACUUGAAAGAAAUCAUCAUGCUCUAAUGUAUGCUAGUAUAUUUGGUAAUGUAAGUGCAAUUAUUCAACGACUUUACAGUGGAACAGCAAGAUAUCAAAUACAAAUGCUAAGAGUUAAAGAAUUUAUUCGUUUCCAUCAAAUACCAACUCCACUACGACAACGUCUAGAAGAUUAUUUUAAUCAUGCUUGGAAUUAUACCAAUGGAAUUGAUAUGAAUAUGGUUCUAAAAGGUUUUCCUGAAUGUUUACAAGCUGAUAUUUGUUUGCAUUUGAACAGUCAAUUACUCAAAUAUUGUCCAGCCUUUAAAAAUGCCAGUGAAGGUUGUUUAAGAACAUUUUCAAUGAAAUUUAAGACAACACAUGCGCCACCGGGUGAUAUAUUGAUCCAUCGUGGUGAUAUAUUAACAUGGUUAUAUUUUAUCACACGUGGUUCAAUUGAAAUAUUGAAAAAUGAUAAUGUUGUAGCUAUUUUAUCAAAAGAUGAUAUACUCGGUGAAAAUUCGCUUUUAUAUCGUGUACCAGGCAAAUCAGCUUACAGUGUUCGUGCUCUUACUUAUUGUGAUUUACAUAAAAUACAUCGUGAUGAUCUGUUGGAAGUAAUAGAUAUGUAUCCCGAGUUUGCUGAUAGUUUUUGUCGAAAUCUAAAGAUAACGAUAACAUUACGAGAUAAUGAACUUGUUUCAAAAUCAGCUCAAUAUCGAUCAAAAUAUUUAUCUAAUCCAUUGUAUUGCCGGAAUACGUCCAAUGCUAGAACGAAUAAUGAUACUAUUUCAUGUACCGUACAAACUGACCAUCUCAAUGGUCAUUCGAUUAAUAGUGCAGGUAAGAAUUAG